AGAAUUAUACUCCUAUCCGGGAUUUAAAAGUCCUUAACAUACGCCCCCCACUCCGCCCAUCAAAUUCUUCUUAUCCUGCGCUCUCCCUGCAUCUUUUUAACUUCUCGUUAAUUUUUCUCCAAAAUUCUGGAAAUCCUGCCAAAAUUGCAGACUGAAUUUUUCUACGUGAUAAUUCUGGCGCUUUUCCUGUUUCUGCGCCGUUUCAUAUGCGGGUACCGCCCGUGCAUGUGAGUGUAUUGAAUAAUAGGGGUUGGAGUUGAAGUUUUGUGGGGAAUUUAGGGUUUGUUUUUGUCGAUAGGGUCAAAAAGAUUGAGAUGAUGACGGCGAACGUGGAUGAUGGAUCAUCGGCGAUAAUGGAUGAGUUAUUCAGUGCGGACGAUGAAUGCAAUGAUGUUUUGAUCGAUCUUGAAUCUUUCUGGAGAGUCAUGGGAGCCCCCGCUGAAGCGUCACAGGGGACUGUGUUUGAAGAUUUACCUUUUACCAAUAGUUUACAAGGACUUCAGAAUUCAGAAGCGGUACUCUCACCAAGACCAGGAUUUGGUGUACUAUCACCGGUGCAGAAUUCCGAAGCUUCAGAUUGUAGGACAGGAUGUUCAGAUGGCUCCUCAGAAUCUGCUGGGACUUCUGUCAUUGUGGAUGGUGAAAGGCUUGAACCUCCUUCCCAGCUUAGUCUUCUAGAGCAAAGCUGCUCCAGAAGUGCCACUGAUUGUAUAUCUGUUCAGAGAAAUGCCAAUUCCUACACUUAUACAUUGGGUGGUUUUCAAAUUCCCUCCUCUUGUAGCCAAAAUUACUGUGAGAUAGCUCCAUUUGGGACACCCAACCACAGCGAUGCAUUGAGUUCUUACAAUGUCAAUAAUUUUAUCAAUGAUGUUGAGUCUUCAGAAAUCUGUCACCUGAACAGUGGAGAAGAGCUAUUGCGGUGCUCAGGGACGUAUGCUCAUUCUGAAAAUUUCUACUAUAGGAAUUCUAUGGAAAAAACUAAUCUGAGGAAUUAUGUUACGCACAUGGAGGGUGCAUCUAUUAUAGAUGGAGACAGGACUUCUCAUGAUGCUUCUCAUUCUAGUUCUUGCGAAAUUAAUGUAGCAGACAUUCCAGAUACUUUGUCCGAAAAUUACGCUCCACAUCUUUUGAGUCCCAAUAAUCCACCAUAUUUUCCUCACAGUUGUGGAAUUAAAUUGUCAGCGUGUGAUGGAGGUAGGAUGGUCAAUAUUUUGGAUGACGAAAAUUACCAUAGUGACGAUUUCAUUAGAAUGAUGCCUUAUGAGGACCUGGUUCGCGAUGAGUUAGGGCACCGUAUAGCCAACAGUGGAAAUGGUACCAGUGUUUGUUUAGAUGGUCAAGUUCGAGUUACCAAAUAUAAUGACAUGCAUGCAAUGGGAUAUGAGUCAAUGAGGCAUUUUCCUAAUACUUUGUCUGAUGUCUUCAGCAAAAUACAAGAUGACGUCAAGGUCAAGAAGAUUGAAUCAAUUACAUCUCGUGAAAUAGUUUCUAGAGCUUCUGAAGUAAUUGAUGACGUAAUUAGUAGGAAUCAUUGUGGGGUUGCAAGUAAGCUGCCUGCUACUGAAGGUAUGCAAUGGUCUUCAUUCAAUUCUUUGUCUGCGGUUUCUUAUAAGAACCACGCCAACCGUGUCAAGGAUGAAAGAGAAGAUUUGAAGAGACCUAACCUUUCUCCAGGUAUGGUUGGUGAGACUCCCAUAAAAAAAUUAGCUAUUGGUGCGCAUGGUUGGCGUCCUGCUCUACAGGUGUCAGGUCAAACUGGCAUACUUCCUCACCGUUCAAUUAAGACAGAAGUUCAAUGCGAAAAGAUGGAAAUUGAGGUUGCAAAGUUCAACAGUUAUUGUCUUUCUGACAUCACUUUCCAAGGGGUUCAGAGUAACAUGUCAGGGACAAUCAAUAUUGAGGAUGAUUCUGACGUGUGUAUUCUCGAGGAUAUGAGUGCACCAGCACGCCCAAGUCCUACUGUAUUGAAUGGCAAAUUGGUUGCUGCUUCACAAUUUCCAAUGUGUCGAGACUCCGUUGGCCAGCUGGCAGUGGGGCAUUCAAGGCUUAAACCAAAUGAUGAACGUGUCAUUUUUCGAGUUGCAGUGCAGGAUCUUUCGCAGCCAAAGUCAGAAGCUACACCACCAGAUGGUGUUUUGGCUGUGCCUCUGCUGAAACACCAGCGAAUUGCUUUAUCGUGGAUGGUUAACAAGGAGACAAAAAGUGCAUGCUGUUCUGGUGGGAUUCUUGCAGAUGAUCAGGGACUUGGGAAGACAGUAUCAACAAUUGCUCUUAUACUGAAGGAAAGGUCCCCAUCUUUCAAUGCGCCUAAAGCUGGUAAAAGUGAGACUGAAAUGUUAAAUUUGGAUGAGGAUGAUGGAGCAUGUGAGACCUACCAUGUGAAGGAACCGCAUCAGAUUACUGGUGGUAACACUUGUCUGCAAGCAAUGGGCAGGCCUGCUGCUGGCACCCUUAUUGUAUGUCCAACGAGUGUCCUCCGGCAGUGGUCUGACGAGUUGCACAAUAAAGUGACAAGUGAAGCUGAUCUCUCUGUUCUAGUCUAUCAUGGAAGCAAUCGUACCAAAGAUCCUCUUGAGCUAGCUAGGUAUGAUGUGGUGAUUACAACAUAUGCCAUUGUGAGCAUGGAGGUGCCAAAGCAGCCUGUUGUUGAUGAAACUGAUGAUCAGAGAGGUGUUCCAUUUAAAGGGAUCUCAUCUAGUAAGAAAAGGAAGUUACUCGAAACCCAUUCUUGUACAAAACCCUUUCUGAGUAAGAAGGGUAAGAAAGGGAUUGACAAUGAAUUACUUGAAACUCUAUCUGGACCCCUUGCCAAGGUUGGAUGGUUUAGGGUUGUAUUGGAUGAGGCUCAAAGUAUCAAGAACCACAGAACUCAAGUAGCUAGGGCUUGCUGGGGUCUUCGUGCUAAACGUAGGUGGUGCCUAUCAGGGACACCUAUCCAGAAUGCUAUUGAUGAUCUUUAUAGCUACUUCAGAUUUCUCAGACACGAACCAUAUGCCAUUUUUAGGACUUUCUGCGAGCAACUAAAGGCGCCAAUCCAUAAGAGUCCUCAGGAUGGGUACAAAAAACUACAAGCAGUGCUGAAAACUAUAAUGUUGCGUCGAACAAAAGGUACUUUUAUUGAUGGAGAACCCAUUAUCAAACUUCCACCCAAGACUAUAGAAUUGAAAAAAGUUGAUUUUUCCGAGGAGGAGCGUGAUUUCUACUGCAGACUCGAGGCUGAUUCGCGGGCUCAAUUUGCAGAAUAUGCAGCAGCAGGCACUGUCAAGCAGAAUUAUGUUAACAUAUUAUUGAUGCUUCUGCGUCUUCGACAAGCUUGCGAUCACCCUCUCCUUGUUAAGGGGUUCAGUUCUAAUUCACAAAUGACUUCCUCCAUUGAGGUGGCUAAGAAACUUCCUCGGGAGAAACACAUCUUCCUUCUGAAUUGUUUGGAAGCUUCUUUGGCUAUUUGUGGAAUUUGCAGUGAUCCACCUGAAGAUGCUGUUGUCACUGUCUGCGGUCAUGUCUUUUGCAAUCAAUGCAUAUGUGAGCAUAUGAUAGGUGAUGAUACCCAGUGUCCCACCAAGAAUUGCAAAACUCAUCUUACGAUGGCACAUGUAUUUUCUAUAACCACGCUGCGGAUUGCUAUAUCGAAUCAGCAGAGUGUGGAAAAUACCCCUGAUUGCUAUGAUUCUGAAGUUGCUAAAGUUUCUGAUUCUUGUUCCUUAAGCUGUCCACACGAUUCUUCCAAAAUUAAAGCUGCUCUCAAGCUCUUGUUAUCUUUGUCUAAGCCACACGAUCCUGCAUUAAGAAUGAGUUCAAUAGAGACCAUGGGAGAAUGCUAUAGUCCAGAAAUGUUGCGUAGUUGUGAUCCGGUGGGGAAAAAUGGAACUUCAGACAUGACCCUAGUUUCGGAAAAUUCAGUUAAGAUUGUGGGAGAGAAAGCAAUUGUUUUCUCCCAGUGGACAAGGAUGUUGGAUUUGCUCGAAGCUUGCUUGAAAAAUUCUUCCAUCCAGUAUCGUAGACUUGAUGGCACAAUGCCUGUUGUUGCCAGAGACAGGGCUGUGAAAGAUUUUAAUUCUCUUCCCCAGGUUUCUGUCAUGAUCAUGUCUCUGAAAGCUGCCAGUCUUGGACUGAACAUGGUGGCAGCUUGUCAUGUCAUCCUCCUGGACCUGUGGUGGAACCCAACAACUGAAGAUCAAGCUAUUGACAGAGCACAUCGAAUUGGGCAGACACGUCCUGUUUCAGUUUUCCGGCUGACUGUUAAGGAUACAGUGGAAGAUCGCAUUUUGGCCCUGCAGCAAAGAAAGAGAGAGAUGGUCGCUUCUGCCUUUGGGGAGGAUGGGACAGGUAGCCGACAAACUCGACUUACUGUGGAAGACCUCAAGUAUCUAUUCAGGGUCGAUUAAGACUUCUCUAACUCUUCAGGGUUAUUCUUUCUAUUCUUUAUAUGCUAACAAUUACAGCAGCAUUUUUUCUUGAAGCUUUGGAAUACAGAUCUUUAGGAUUGACGGGGAAACAAUAUGCCUUAGUAUAUAGCAUGUCUUGCAAGAUUGGCCUCAAGGAUUGUUAUGUUGUUGGAGAAGCAAUUUACUUGUUCUUUCUUCUGUAUAGGAUAUAGAGUUUUGUUUACAACUUUACAGAGCUAGUUGGUGUACUAGGAAUUCUUUCCAUGUAAAUACCCCCCUCCCUCCUGUUUUCUUCCUUGUAGACAUUUUUGUACCUAUUACUAUAUUCAGUCUUUUCACCUGGGCAACUCUGGGGAAUUGUCAUAUUCAUGAUUUAUGGUUGAAUGA